AUGAUGGCAGAGACAUAUUUACGGACUUUUGCCACUUACUAUGAAACAGACACAGGAAAAAGCUUUCAAGAAAUUUCAUCUACUUCUAAUCAGGAGACUGGCAGUGGUUCUGAAGAAGUGUGCUACACUGUCAUUAAUCACAUCCCCCAUCAGAAGCCCUCCCUGACCUCCCAUGAUGGUGAUUAUGAGAACAUUGACUCCAUCACAAGGAGAGUGAGAUUGCUUAGAGAAGGAUCAGAAACAGAAUAUGCCCUUGUUAGGACGUCUGUUACUAGGGCUUCUUCUGGCACCCAGGAGCAUGAUUAUGAACUUGUGUUUCCACACUAA